CUCUGGCAGGCUGAGUUAGCUUUAUGAGUUUAAAAGGGGGAAAAAACGUCCCUCAUACCUGCACAUAAACACACAGUAACUGUAAGGACAUGGCGUGUGUCAGAGUUCCAUUAGAUGAGCAGCAAGUGACUGAAGUGUCAGGACCUCAGGGCAGAGAGAGAACCCUCCCAGCUCUGCACCCUGAGCGUAAGGAGGAGCGAGGGUUUGUGCCGUACACUCCGCCCCCUGAGGACCACUCACCUGCUGAGGUGGAGGAGUUUUUGGAGCGUGCUCAGUUCAUCUCGGAGGAUCUGGACUGGCUCCUUUCUUUAACUCAUGACAAGUUCUGGUGUCAGGUGGUGUUUGAUGAGUCUUUACAGAGAUGUUUAGACUCGUACCUGCGUCUGGCUCCUCGUGGUAUUGACUCAUCCUGUCUGUCUCUCUCUCCAGCUGUGUCUGAGGCACAGCGUUGUCUUCAUCGUGCCGUCUUCAUGGUCUUCCUCAGGAUGGCAACACACAAAGAGUCCAAGGAGAACUUCAUCACUCCCUCUGUGUUUGGAGAAAUCAUCUACGACAACUUCCUGUUUGACAUUCCCAAAAUCCUGGACCUGUGUGUGUUAUUCGGCAGAGGAAAUUCCCAACUCCUCCACAAACUGAUCGAAAACAUCUUCAUUCAGCAGCCCAGUUACUACGGCGACCUGAAUGAGACCGUUCCCUCCAUCAUACAGGUGUUUAACACCAUUCUGGAGAGGUGUGGACUGCAGUCAGGUGACACUGCUGACAACAAGCCUCUUAAAUUGAACACACACACACACUUCACUGCUAUGACCAUGAGAGAGGAGGAUCUCUCAGACCUGGUGUUCUACCUGUGUGACACCUGCACCACUAUUCACUGCUUUUUGGACAUUUUCCCUGAAGCAUGUAACACCUUUCACCGACAUGGCUUCCUCAAUAGAAUCUCCUUUUUCUAUGAGUCAGCAGUGCCUGAUAUGGAGAGAGCAGUGAGGAAGAGGAACUUUGACAAAUGUGUGCAGGAGGAUCUGUGGAGGAGGCUGUCUCACUCCCGCAGGAGAAUGUUGGAGAUCGCACACACACUGCUCCAACACACCUGUCUACAGCCCAUACUGGAGGGCUCUGAGAACACUGCUGCUCAUGUGGAGGAUUUUCUCCAAACCUUCACAACAUUCCUGCAGGAGAAAAGGUUCCUGGCUGAUUAUGAUGAGUUGUAUCCUGUAGCUGAGGACAUCAGUCUCCUUCAGCAGGCGUUCCCUCACCUAGACGACACUCGGACGUUGUACCUGUUGCAUGGUGUUGAAUCUUCGUGGGAGAGCGUAGGAAAGAAAAGACCUCACACCCUAUCAGCCAAUCACAGCACAGAAUCCAGCAAGGCAGGCUGCCAUUCCCAAUCCUCCCAAAACGUGGCAGACGGAGAGGGGGUGGAGCUUAAAGGGGCAACAUGUAUGAUUGACAUUCCUCAAAAGGGAGAUAAUGGGGCAGUGUGCAGUGUGAGUGCUGGAGAGCUGGAAUCUCUGCUUUCUCACAUCAGAGACUUGCUGCCGGAUUUAGGGGAGGGGUUUGUGAUGUCCUGUCUGGAAGCGUACGGCUACGACGGCGAGCUGGUCAUCAACAACAUCCUGGAGGACCGACUGACUCCUGAACUGAGGAACCUCGACAGGAGCAUGCCCAGGCCUGUGAAAGAAGCUCCGCCCACCGUGCUUAGCUCCAGAUCCAAUGUGUUUGAUGAUGACGAAUUUGACGUGUUUUCCCGGGAUAAGGUGGACAUGAGCCGUGUAUGGAGGGGCAGGAGACAGGGCAAGACUGUGCGUGACAUGCUCAAUGACAAGCAGCACAUUAACGAUCAGAGAGACCGGUAUCGCACUUAUGAGACAGUUGUGGAUGAAGUUCCCAUAGCAACGGGCCAGUCCAGCAACCAGGGCAACACUUAUCUCAUCGAUGAGUAUGAUGACGAAUACGAUGACACAUAUGACAUCAACCAGGUGGGAGCCAAUGACCUGGACGAGGACGAUGAGCUGCUGAACCGCAGGCCGUUUACAACCCCUCGGGUGCUCAGAGUGGGAAGAGCAGAGGGAGAGGAGGAGGAGGAAGGAGAGGAGGAGAGAGAGGAAGAGGAGAAGGAGUCCACAGUAAAGCGAGAUCAGUUCAUACAGGACCCUGCUGUGCUGAGAGAGAGAGCUGAGGCCCGACGAGCCGCCAUGCAGAACAAGAGAGGCUACAGAGCUCCUCCCCCAAGCAACGUGGUGGGUGGACCAAAGGGGCGGGGCCAGACUCAGGAGACACUCCUGGAUCGCCGAAGGAAGGAGGCGAACAAGGGUCGAGGAACCAAUCACAAUCGCCGAACACUGGCAGACAGGAAGAGAAACAAAGGCAUGAUCCCAUCAUGAUGCGCUUCUGUUGCCAUGGUGAUAUGCUGCAUCAUCUAGUUGCCAGAUCUUUGCCAGGACUUUUUUUUCUUUUUUAACAUGCAGACAGGAUGAGGUCCUGAUCCAUUGAGACUGAAAUGCAACCAAAAACCUCUCAGCACUUUGUUUUUUAUUUAAGGAAAAUUAUUUGAUGUAAAUUGAACCUGGGGAGAGAGAGAUAAAGAGGGAGGGAGGGAGGUGUGGGACAUAGAUGUUUAUUCCACAGAGCUGCAGUGAAGUAGGUCUGAGUUUAUAUCACAAUAAUCCAUCAGGUGCCAGAUUCACGCCAGAGAACAUACAUUUUUACAACAAAAGCAUUUUGGGAUAUCAUGUAGAGAUAAAAUUUAAACUGGAAAUAAUAAAUAGUGCUCUGAAGACUUUACAGCUGUGUGAGUGAGUGAGAGAGAGAGAGGUGGUAGUCUAUAGCUGGACAGGUUGAUAAGACAAAGAUAGGAAAAGCAGCAGCAGAAUGAUUGAUUAAAAAAAAGAUUUAUACAGGAGCCAUUUUCCAUCAUAAAUUUUAGAUUGUCGAGAGAGAGAGAGAGAGAGAGAGAGUCUGAUCUCAUGCAGGGUUUAACCCAACCUGAAAGACGAAAACAGCAGGUACCUGUUGGUCCUCUAGGGGGCGAGAGAGAGCAACAAUCUUAGCUACUGAUAAAAUGUACUAAUGAUGUAUUUGUUCAUUAAAAAGCAAAAUAUUUGAUGCUGUAA